AUGUACGGAAGUUCUCGCUCCGUCUCAAAGCUGGACGUUGUCGGGACAAAUGGUAAUGUGUCGGUGUCCGGGAGCCCCGGGCGCUCGCCACGCCUCCCCCGCUCACCCCACUUAGGACACCGGCGAAACAGCAGCAACAGCUCGGCCGGCGGACUUACCGGCACCGGUAAAACUCUGUCUAUGGAGAAUAUUCAGUCUCUGAAUGCUGCCUACGCCACAGGCGGGCCCAUGUACUUCACCGACACAGCUGAAGAUCCUGUCGGGAUCGGGAGCAUGGGAAGUGGACUGAAUCCGACUGCGCCAAAAAGCACCAUGACCCUGGGCAGAGCCGGGGCCCGGGUCCCUUAUGGGGUCAGGGCCACAAUCAUGGGCAGCAGUCCGAAUAUAAACACAGGUGGAGGAGCCGGGGGGUGUGGCGGGGCCGUCAUGCCCAGUGAUGCCAUCGCUUUUGGCGGAGAGCUGCAGAACCAGCCUCAACAGGCGGCCACGGUGCCUCACUCCAUGAGACAGGUGAGAGACGGUGCGAUGUCUGACCUCCAAACUCAGUUAAGAGAAGUGCUCAGAGAGAACGAACUACUGCGCAGAGAACUGGAGGCCAAAGAGUCCAAGCUGAGCUCCUCCAUGAACUCCAUCAAGACGUUUUGGAGUCCAGAGCUGAAGAAGGAGAGAGCACUGAGGAAGGACGAAGGCACCAAGAUAGCUGUGUGGAAGGAGCAGUACAAGGUGGUGCAGGAAGAAACGCAGCAUCUUCAGUGCACGAUCCAGGCUUUGCAAGAUGAGCUCAGAAUCCAACGCGAUCUCAACCAGCUCUUCCAGUCCGAUUACUCGGAGUCCGGUCGCCUCGGAAACCAAUCCAUUCCUCCCCAGGAGAUGACAGAGGAGAACUUCCUGCGUCUCCACAGCGAGUAUGAGCGUCAGGCCAAAGAACUCUUCCUCCUGAGAAAGACCGUGGAAGAGAUGGAGCUGAGGAUAGACACGCAGAAGCACACGUUAACAGCCAGGGAUGAGUCAAUAAAGAAGCUGCUGGAGAUGCUGCAGAGUAAAGGCCUGUCGUCACGGGCAACAGAGGAGGACCACGAAAGAACGAGGCGACUAGCUGACGCAGAGAUGACCAUCCACCAACUGGAAGGUCUGCUGGAGCAAAAAGAUAAAGAGAUGUUUCAGCUCAGAGAGGAGCUGCACAGGAGGUACGAAGCAGCUCCGGAGUCGACAAAGACCAAGGCUCUGCAGACCGUCAUCGAAAUGAAGGACGCAAAGAUCAGCUCGAUGGAGCGCGGCAUGAGAGAGCUCGAAGAGGAGGUGAUGAUGCUCAAGUCGAAUGGAGCUCUGAGCAAUGAAGAGAGGGAGGAGGAGAUCAAACAGAUGGAGGUCUACAAAUCCCACUCCAAGUUUAUGAAGAACAAGAUGGAGCAGGCCAAGCAGGAGCUGAGUCGUAAAGACAGCGAGCUGCUGGCUCUCAGGACCAAACUGGACACUCUGAACAAUCAGUUUUCUGACAGCAAACAACACGUCGACGUCCUCAAGGAGUCCCUCACUGCCAAGGAGCAGAGAGCUGCCAUACUGCAGACCGAGGUGGAUGCCUUACGUCUUCGCCUGGAAGAGAAGGAGUCUCUUCUAUCAAAAAAGAGCCAGCAGAUAUCCGAGCUGACGGAGGAGAAGAGCACUCAGCAAGGAGAGAUCACAGAUCUUAAAGACAUGCUGGAAGUCAAGGAACGCAAAGUCAAUGUGCUGCAGAAAAAGAUCGAGAACCUCCUGGAUCAGCUGAGGGAUAAAGAGAAGCAGCUGAGCGGACUGAAAGACCGAGUGAAGUCUUUGCAGACGGACACGUCCAACACAGAUACCGCUCUGGGAACGCUGGAGGAAGCUCUGGCUGAGAAGGAGCGAAUUAUUGAGCGGCUGAAGGAUCAGCGUGAAAGGGAAGAGAGAGAAAAGACGGACGAGGUGGAGUCCACCAAGAAGGAGCUGAAGGAGCUGAGAGAGAAAGUGUCUCAGCUGCAGGCUGAGCUGGCUGAUCGAGAGACUUCCGUUUUGGAUCUGAAAGAGAAAGCCUCCUCCCUGGCAUCCUCGACUCUGAAGAAGGAGAACCGGCUCAAAAGUUUAGAGAUCAGCCUGGAGCAGAAGAGAGAAGAGUGCAUCAAACUGGACAACCAGCUCAAGAAGGCUCAGAGCGCAGCAGUGGAGUCGCAGGCCAAUGCUGAACUCUCUGAACGCAUCGCCUGCCUGGAGGAGGAAGUGGCCCAGUACAAGGAGGAUGCUGGGAAGGCCCAAUCUGAGGUGGAACGACUUCUGGACAUCCUCAGGGAGAUGGAGAAUGAAAAGAAUGACAAGGAGAAAAAGAUCCAUGAAUUGGAAAGCCUUGCCUCAAGGCAAAUGAAGGACCAGUCAAAGAAAGUGGCCAACCUGAAGCACAAAGAGCAGCUGGAAAAGAGCCGAAACACUCAGCUGAUGGAGGAGGCCAAGAAGAGAGAGGACAACCUGAACGAAACUUCCCAGCAGAUUAAGGACUCUCUCCGUGAGAAGGAGGAGCGCAUUGAGGAGCUGGAGGAGGCGCUGAGGGAAAGUGUCCAGAUCACAGCAGAGAGGGAGGUGGUGUUGGUCCAGGAGGAGCAGGCGCGCACACAGUCUGAAAGACAGGUGGAGGACCUGCUGGUUGCCAUGGAGAAGGUGAAACAGGAACUGGAGGUGAUGAAAGCCAAACUGUCAUCAACUCAACUCUCACUGGCUGAGAAGGAAGGUCACCUGACCGCCCUGCGGGCCGAGAGGCGGAAACACCUGGAGGAGGUCCUUGAGAUGAAGCAAGAGGCACUGCUGGCUGCUAUAAGUGAGAAAGAUGCCAACAUCGCCCUAUUAGAGCUCUCCUCGUCCAAAAAGAAGAAAACCCAAGAAGAGGUGGCAGCUCUGAAGAGAGAGAAGGACAGUCUGGUUCAGCAGCUCAAACAGCAGAUGCUUUCUUCGCUCCUGGAUCUCAAUCAGAAUUGCAAUAAACUGAAGCUGUACAUAAGUCACCUGACUUCUCUGUGUCAGGAGCGAGACCCAAUCAUACUUCAGGACUUUGCCCUGCCCCCAGCCUAUCACCGCUCUGACUCCGCCUCCUGGAAUACACAGCUGCACAGCAUGACGCAGGAACAGCUGGAGGCGGAGCUAGCAACGUGUGAGAGUGAAGGGGCGGAGCUCCAGGAGUACGCUAACCAAGUCCUGCAGCAGAUCGCUGACCGAUGCCCUGACAUUUUGGAACAAGUGGUCAACGCUUUGGAGGAAAGCUGCUGACCGGACUCACACACACAAACACACACACAUCAGAAAUCUCCUGCUUGGUGCCACAAACCUCCUCCGAGAGAAUCAGUGUUACGUCUUAAUUUAGGAGGAAAGUGGGUCUACAGGAGUAAAAAAGGCAGUAUUUGCAGAGUUAAAAGGUCAAUUAAAAGUGCUUUAUUGGCAUGCAGAUGAGUCAGAAUAGAUAUAUUUUUCUAAGUGCUCUGCAUCUCGGCUGCACCGGCCGUCUCUCCCACUUCAGCCAUCAUGUCGCUCAGUCGCUCUGAGGGACAACGAUGUCAGCCUGUGAGCUGCCCGCUCCGUUCUAAUGCUAGACUUGCACGUUGUCGCCACGUUUUUAUUUGAUGGGUUCACUGUGUGGUGCUCUCAGCUGCCUUUGGCUCUUUACAUCAUUUGCUGCUAUCCUUUUAACUUUUAGUCCUUUUUUCCCCGUUUCUUGUUUUAUUUCCUCUUCAAGUGUCUAAUAAACAUGUUUCUGUUAUCUUUUACCUCCAGAUAGUUGUCAUUAAAGAGAAAUGAUUCAUUAAAAGAAACGGCUUUCAUCAGGGAGACAUGAUGCUUUAACCCAUCAGUUUAUUUUAUUUAUUUUUUUUAUUAAGAAAAGGCAAAAUCUCGCAACAAA